CAACUUUCCCAAUUAAUCUCCUAUUCUCAUCUCUACUCCAACUCAAUCAGUCUCGUAAAAAUGGCUAGAUCCUCCAUUCUCUUCCUCCUUCUUGCCCUCUUCGCCCUCACAGCCAACUCUGCCUCCACCACCACUGCCUCCAACUUCAUCAAAACCUCAUGCAGCGCCACCACGUACCCAGACCUCUGCGUUCAGUCCCUCUCUUCAUACUCCAACGCCAUCCAGCAAAGCCCUCGCCAGCUAGCCCAGACCGCCCUGUCCGUCAGCCUAACCAGAGCCCAGUACGCCAAGUCAUUCGUCACCAAGCUGACCAAGUUCAAGGGCUUGAGCCACAAGGAGUACGAGGCCAUCGACGACUGCCUUGAGGAGAUGGGCGACAGCGUCGACCGGCUGAGCAAAUCUGUGGACGAGCUGAAGAAGAUGGGCAAGUCAUCCAAGGGUCAGGAUUUCAUAUGGCACAUGAGCAAUGUCGAGACUUGGGUUAGUGCUGCUUUGACUGACGACAACACUUGCCUUGAUGGGUUCUCCGGGAAGGCCAUGGAUGGCAAGAUCAAGGCCUCCAUUAGAGCUCAGGUGCUUAACGUUGCCAAGGUUACUAGUAAUGCUCUGGCUCUUUGCAACCACUUUGCCUCCAACUACUGAAUAUGCAGCUAGCUAGACCAUGUACGUUGAGUUUGUGUUUGUGAUGUAGAACUCUAUAUUUGGUUUUGAUCCGCAGUAUGUAUACCUCAGUCUGUGUUAUAUAUAUGAGAUGUAGAAUAUAUGUGAUCGACUAGUGUUAAUGACCCUUUCAUGGUCUUGAUUAGUUUUGGUACUCGAAAACUAUGUGUGAAUUAAUCUGCUUCAUGCGGUAGUAUAUUAGUGCAUGAAAUCGGCUAUAGAGAUUGAAUCGAUUUACACUGAUGUGCUAAUGCAUUUGUACAAGGAAAGAGACCCUAUAAAUUUAAAGUUUCGAAGUCUAGUUUGUUUCAUU